GGAAAGAUAAAUAUAGGGAAAAGGAGAGGGAGGCAGAUCAAGAUAAGGAAAAAUAAAUCAAGAGAUAGACAGAGCAGGAGAAGCGUGGAUGCGUAUGAGUCGAGCAAGAUUGGGGAAAGGGAUGAGAGUGCUAAGCUUAAUGAUGACGACAACAGGGAUAAGGACAUUAUUAAGCAAGGUAAGAUGUCCCAUAAUGCUGCUUAUGAACAAAAUGCCGAGGGUUUGUCAGGUGGAGCACAUCUAUCAGCAUCCGAGCUUGAGGAACGCAUGCUGAAAACGAAGGAAGAGAGGUUAAAGAAGAAAACUGAAGACAUUCCUGAGGUUUUAACUUGGGUUAAUAGGAGUCGUAAGCUCGAGGAGAAAAGGAAUGCUGAAAAAGAGAAAGCUUUGCAGCUUUCAAAGAUCUUUGAGGAACAGGACAAUGUUGCCGAAGAAGAAAGUGAAGAUGAGGAGGCAGCUCAGGAUAUGACUCAUAAUCUAGCUGGGAUUAAAGUUCUUCAUGGCAUUGAUAAAGUGAUGGACGGUGGCGCAGUUGUUUUAACACUCAAGGAUCAGAACAUUCUAGCUGAUGGUGACAUUGAUGAAGAUGGCGAUAUGCUUGAGAAUGUGGAACUUGGUGAGCAGAAGCAGCGAGAUGACGCUUACAAGGCAGCAAAGAAAAAAACAGGGAUUUAUGCUGAUAAGUUUAACGAUGAUCCUACUUUAGAGAAGAAAAUUCUUCCACAAUAUGAUGAUCCUGCUGCAGAUGAGGUCAGUAUUUCUUGUCUGUUUCCCCCACUUUUAGUUUCUGCAGCCGAGUUUUAACUCAUUCAUUUUCAUAUAAGGGAUUGAAAUUGGCUUCCCUGUUUUACAAA